CACAACUUGAAAUUGAUCGAAGAAGUUAGGCAGGGCCGUAGGCCUGCGCUUCCUGCAAAAGGGACCGUAUCUCAAGUGCAACAGCGCCUGAUUGCAGCGGGAAUUGAGAGCCUCUGCGGUUGCCAUGCUGCGGGACGCUGCGGAGGCCAAUGGCCACCCCAAGCGGCGGAGCGAGCGGAAUGUGCAGCGACGGACAGACGCAAUGGGGCCUUCGUCCGACGCACUACGGGAGGUGGAGGACCAGCUCGCGGACGAUGACGCUGACCUCAUUGAGCGGCUCAAGGCGUUGAGGGGCAGCGGGAGAGCUCCCGCACUGGUGGCGCGUGCAGCCCGGCAGGUGGAGAAGGAACAGGAUAGCAAUGCGGCUGGGCGGGCGGCGGGGCUAGGGCGGGCCGUGGGCUAUGGGGGACAGGGCAGCAGUGGGCCAAGUCACCGGAAAUCACGCUCUGGGCAUGCUGAAAGCACGGAGCGGCCAGCACGGGAAGUACGGGAAAAGAAGACGGAGAUGCAAGGGAGUAGGGAAGAGCCAGGGGCUGCACGGAGCCGCCCUUGGGAGCCUCCUGCGCCUCUCUCCGCUGCUUCCCCGCCUCCGAUGCCCCCCGCCUACUCCGAGCAGCGCUCCGGUGCCUACGAGGACGAUGAGCUGCCCACGUCCACUGGCCCCCACAGCCCCCCGGUGGUUGGACCCUCAGCGGUGACUGUGCGGCGCCACGCAUCACGCGAGAGGCUGCGAGAGUUGCGGGAGCUGGCUCGAGGGGGUUCAGCAGUGCAGGGCCAGGACUUGCCAGCCAGUGAGGACACAAGCAAUGAGACAGCGUUUGGAGAAAUGUCAUGGGCCAGCUUCAAGGCUCUGGUGCUGUGGAAGAAUGCUUCGCAGUCGAGCCUGGUCUUCGGUGGGGGCACCUUCUUCAUCCUCGCGUCCAGCAACAUGCAGGAAUGGCAGACCAGCCCACUCACUGUCGUGGCCUACUGCUUCUUGGCCUACACCGCCUUCAACUUCGUCCUCACCUUCUCACGCCGCCACGCCCCGUCUCCGGCCCUGGCCCCUGUCACGGAGGCGAGCGUCCUGCCCGCGGUGCGCUUGGCGCUGCCCCUGUUAACGGCCACCAAGGCGGUGCAUGCGCGCCUCUUCAACGGGGACACCACCACCACGCUGCAGGUGGCGCUGGUGCUGUGGCUGCUGGCGCAGUGCGGGCGCUUCAUCACCUUCUGGGACGUUGCGCGUAUCGCCUUCUUUGCUGUCUUCCUCCUGCCACGCGUCUACCUUGCCUAUGCGGACGUCAUCCAGGCGGCAGGUCGAUCGAUGUUCCGGAGGUGCCGGCAGGCGGUGCUCUCGUUCCCGCACAAGCGCAAGCUGGCCGCCGUCUGCGCCCUGGGCGCGUGGCACUGGCUGGCCCUCCCCACCAAGUGCUUCCUAGGGUUCGUGCUGCUGGUGCUCCUGCGCCGCUACCAGGAAGGCCACUCCCAGCAGGUGGAUGCGGGGGUCGACUUCGUGAAGAAGCAAGCGCGGCGGCUGUCCAGCACCACGCCCGGCGGGCGGAAGCCGGUCACACGGCGUGCCACGCUGGAGGAGAUCGACUAGUUUCUGUGGACGCGUUGUGGACCCGCAAUGGACCGAGUAAGGGCAAAGAGAUCAUGCGCGCUGCUUUUCAUACACGGUUAGCUGUAUUUAGUAGAGGGCUUCUCUCAGUGAUUACCACGCGACAUCAGGGAUUACGUGCUUGCGUCCGAGGUCGAUUGUGUUUGAGCAUGUUGCGGCCACACCGAGCACCAUCAUCUAGGACCACCCCUGCCCACUCGGACACGCUCAGCUAGGUCGGCCAGAGGAGUUGGGCCAGGCGAUUUAAGUUCGGUGGUCAGUCUGCCCUUCUAUACUCCAGCAAUCGUUGAGGUUUCGAUGCUUGUAUUAAAAUUCCCCUACUUGUGCUUAUCAUGACUACAUGUGU